AUGCAGCAUUUUACCCUGCUCCUUGCCAUUUGUGCUUUUGUCUCCACUGGGGUCGUAGCCAAAUCUGGCGAGGAGUCCAAGACUAUUGACGAACUCUACGCUGAAGCUAUUGCUGAAGGUGGCAACCUGAUCCUGUAUCACGGAGGUGACACACCUACGCAGCAAAAUGGUCUUCACGAUGCAUUCACUCAGCGCUUCCCGGAAAUCAACUUCACUGCCGUUGUUGACUACAGCAAGUACCACGACGUGCGCAUCGACAACCAACUGGAGACCGACACACUGGUGCCUGACGUGGUGGCGCUCCAGACGCUACAGGACUUCACCCGCUGGGCCAAGAAUGGUGACCUUCUCCCUUACAAGCCCGCCAAUUUCUCAAAGAUUCACGACUCUCUUAAGGACAAGAAUGGCGCGUGGUUGGCGUACACCAUCUUUACGUUCGGCUUCAUCUACAACUCAACAGCACUCAACGGAUUCGCACCGCCUGCUACUCCGGCGGAUCUGACAAACCCGCAGUGGACGAACAAGAUCGCCUCGUCCUACCCGCACGACGAUGACGCUGUGCUUUUCCUAUACACUCGCUACGUUGAGAAGUACGGAUGGGACUGGGUGACUCAGCUUGCCCACCAGAAUGUCAGCUUCAACCGUGGAUCGAACGUCGCGGGUGAGCUUGUCAGCUCUGGGGAAAAGUUGAUUGGUGUGGGUACGGGCGGUGGUGGCGUUCCGAUCGUGUUUGUUGGAGGAAACGGUACGGACUAUCUGAGCUGGGGUCAGCGAGUUGGUAUUCUGUCCAAGGCCAAGCAUCCUGCUGCUGCCAAGCUGUUCAUGAACUGGGCUGUUUCCCAGGAAGCCCAGACGACAGUGGUGUUCAACAGUGUGCGGACGGAUAUCAACGCCAACAAGCCGUGGGAUGUCCCGGAAGCGAACAUGGCAGCUUUUCCGGAGUUCAUGGAGGAUCGUGCCAAGGUGGAGCAGUGGAAGCAGACAUUUGCUCUGUACUUUGGCGAGGUGCAGGGAGAACCCAGCCCUGGAGUCCUUGGACUUCACCCUGGCCUCUAA